CUCGUGUCCAUCAGCGACGUUAUCUGAUACCCUAAUCCAUCUCUUCCUCUCCCUCCCCUUCUCUCGCUCUCGCUCUCGCUCUUACGGCGUCCUCUCUCUUCUCCGCCGAGAGCUCCCUUAUCUACCAAAACCCUAAAUCGAUCUUUUAGGGCGGGACUUUUCGAUCCAGAAACCCCUAAUCUCAUUUCCUCCUGUUGAUCGUUUUGUCCCGGCUUUCUGUAAUCGAUUUCUUAGUUUUCUCCUUCUAUUCUUUUUUUUCCAAACCGUAGUUUUUUUUUUUUUCCAGUAUAUUGUUCCUCGAAAUCUCUCCGAAACCCGCAGUUUUUUUUGUAGAGAUUUUCGUUUUGAGGUGAUUUGUCCCUCUUUUCCGAAGUUUGUAAGGUGCCAGGAAUCGAAACGUUAAUCUUUGUUCGAUUGUUAGAGCGUUGAUCUUGAUUUACGGAUUCUUUUGAUAGGAAUAAGUUUUUGUUUCGAUUCCGACAGUCUGUUCUGGGAAAGCUUCGGUAUUCUCACGGAUCGAGGGAGGUUCUUGGUUAGAAACCCUAGCCCGGAUCUGUUAGCUGUGGCUUACCUGCGAUCGUGGUAGAAAUGGUCGGAGGGGGAAGCAGAAGGGACGAUGGGCCCUUGAAGAUUGGCAGCAACAACGUUUUCGCCGCGCUCGAGACCCUCAAGAAGAAGAAGAAGUCGGACAAGGAUAAGAACAAGGGGUCGUCCAAGAACCAGGCUAAGGAGCCCGAGCCGCAGGUGUUUUGGGCGCCGACUCCUCUGACAGUCAAAUCUUGGGCUGAUGUCGAUGACGAUGAUGACUACUAUGCCACCACUGCCCCGCCCCAGUCCGUUUGGGGAUCAUCGGACACGCAGCAAAACAAGGAAAGCUCGGCCGUGGUAGAGGAGGAAACUGAAAGUGAAGAUGAUGGUCUCGAUGAAGCUGAUGAUGAUGCUGAGGAAGAACCUGAACACGAACCUGAGGUUCCUGUUGUCGCUGAACCGGUCAUCAAGAAACCUCCCCCUGCUGCUGUUCCAGCUAAAGACACAGAAAGGCAGCUCUCAAAGAAAGAGCUGAAGAAAAAGGAAAUGGCAGAACUGGAGUCUGUUUUGGCUGAGCUGGGUAUUUCUAGCAAAGACGGCAAAGAUGAAACAAAUGGCAAGAAAUCGGAGGAGCAAAAUGUGGAUGGUGAAAAGAAGGAGAAUGCACCUGCUCCUUCAGAGAGCAAAAGUUCGAAGAAGAAAAAGGCAAAGAAAGACAAAUCCUCAAAGGAAGCUAAAGAACCACAGGAACAGCCUAAUGGCUUGGAAACUGAUAAAAGCCCUGAUGAAGCGGCAGCAGAACCUGAAGAAGAAGAUACUGCUGCUAUUGAUGUGAAGGGGCGGAUAAAGAAGGUGGCUUCCGUGAAGAAGAAGAGAUCAAACAAAGAGAUGGAUGCUGCUGCAAAAGCUGCUGCAGUCGAGGCUGCUGCGAGGAGUGCCAGGCUUGCUGCUGCAAAGAAGAAAGAGAAGAGCCACUACAACCAACAGCCAGUGCGGUAAAGCUUUUUUUUUUUUGGAUGAUGAGUUUCCAUCUCUUGUUCGUUUGUUAAAUUCCAAAAUAAACAUCAGUCUAUCUUAUAGGAAGACCUUAAGAGAUCGUUCAGGUUCACUUUGAAGAGUCUUGUGGCUUUUCCAGUCUGUCAAUGCAAAGUAUCAUGUGACGAUGUUUGCAGCAAUCCGUUUAUCAGAGUCUUAUGGAACUCUAAUGCUUUACUUCCGACGGUUGAUGUGGAAUUUGUAGCUCUGUUCGCUUGUAUUG